CAUAAGCAAUGUCUCAACAUCUCAGAAUUUAAUAUGGAAGUUUUGUAUUAGCGUUAUGAGUCCUCUGCUAUUUCUUAUUACUUGUUAUUCAGUUUGUGCUCUUGUAUUGUGUACAUUUUAGAUUAUUUCAAUGUAUCUGUACAUAUUAGAAAUUUAAAUAUUACAUAGUACAUAACACAUACAUGUAUAUAAUGCUUAUAUGUAAUGUUUAAAUAUGGCGAUUUUUUUGUGUUAGCCUCUCUUAAAAUGUUUUUAUGAUUUAUUCUUUCUAUUGGUCACAUCUAUUUGUAACAUUUUAAUUUUAAACAAUUUCCAAAAGUUAUAAAUCAAACAAAACGAAUAAUUUGUGCCGUGUAAUAGAUAAGAAAAUAUGGCGCAAAGAUUUCCUGUUCCAAAUACAGGAAGUAAUGGUCCUCCACCACAACGGUAUCCUCCUUCAUCCGUACCACCAAAUCUGCGUCAAUAUUCAGGACCAAAUUUUCCAAUGCAACAAAGAUCUGGAUUUACACCUCCUCCGCAAAUGAGCAACGCAGCACCAGGACCAGGAGGAAUAAUGAGACCUAAUCAGGCUUAUACCAAUAUGCGUCAAGGUCCAAUGCCAACCCCUCCUGUUGGUAAAAGAAGCGCCGAUCAAAGAAUACCUUUGUCCCAGCAAAAACCGUAUUUUUGGAACAGUGACUUUUCACAUUCCACAUCGAAGAAGAAAAAGAAACUUGCUGACAAGAUAUUACCUCAAAAAGUACGAGAUCUGGUACCAGAGUCCCAAGCUUAUAUGGAUUUACUAGCAUUUGAGAGGAAAUUGGAUGCAACUAUAAUGCGUAAACGUCUUGAUAUACAAGAAGCCUUGAAACGUCCAAUGAAACAGAAACGAAAGUUACGCAUUUUUAUUUCCAAUACCUUCUAUCCAGCAAAAGAAGCAGCUGAGGGAGAGGAGGGUUCGGUUGCUUCUUGGGAACUCAGAGUUGAAGGCAGAUUGUUAGAUGAUACUAAAAAUGAUCCUAACAAGGUGAAAAGAAAAUUUUCGUCCUUUUUUAAAAGUUUAGUUAUUGAAUUAGAUAAAGAUUUAUAUGGACCAGAUAAUCAUUUAGUCGAAUGGCAUCGUACAUUAACUACACAAGAAACUGAUGGAUUUCAAGUUAAGAGACCCGGAGACAAAAAUGUUCGCUGCACUAUUCUUUUACUUCUCGAUUAUCAACCUUUACAGUUCAAAUUAGAUUCACGACUUGCACGAUUAUUAGGUGUACAUACGCAAACUCGGCCUGUUAUCAUUUCAGCACUUUGGCAGUAUAUCAAAACUCAUAAGCUUCAAGACAGUCAUGAACGUGAAUUCAUUAAUUGUGAUAAAUAUUUGGAACAAAUCUUUGCUUGUCCCAGAAUGAAAUUUGCUGAAAUACCACAAAGAUUAAAUCCAUUAUUGCAUCCACCUGAUCCCAUUGUGAUUAAUCAUGUUAUUAGCGUAGAGGGCACAGAAACUAAACAAACUGCGUGUUACGAUAUAGAAGUUGAAGUCGAUGAUACAUUAAAAACGCAAAUGAAUAAUUUUCUGCUAUCGACUGCAAGUCAACAAGAGAUACAAAGUUUAGAUAACAAAAUACAUGAAACUGUUGAUACAAUUAAUCAAUUAAAAACGAAUCGAGAAUUUUUCUUAAGCUUUGCCAAGGAUCCUCAACAAUUUAUUAACAAGUGGAUUAUAUCUCAAACAAGAGAUUUGAAAACUAUGACAGAUGUCGUUGGAAAUCCAGAGGAAGAACGUAGAGCUGAAUUUUAUUAUCAACCUUGGGCACAAGAAGCUGUUUGUCGUUAUUUUUACACUAAAGUUCAACAAAAACGAGCCGAGUUAGAACAAGCACUUGGCAUACGAAAUUCAUAAAAUUAUUAUAAAAUUCUCAAUCAAUGCAAAUGAAAUUUAGAAAAUAUUUUCAUGAUUAUCUUCAGUUAUAGUUACUAUUACAUUUUAGUUUUUCGUAAUAUUAUAAGUAAACUACAAAUAGACUCUUUCUCUCUCUCUCUUUUUGUUUUAUUUUUCUGAUUGUGCGAUUUAAAUUAUACAAUUAGUGAUUAUUAAACAUUGAUAUAUUUAUGAAGCGAAUAUGCAUUAGAAAGAGAGACUUAUUUAUGUAAAUACGUAUAUUACGUAUAUUAUUGAAAUGAGACAUUUUUAAAUGAAUUAUAAAAUCUUACAUUAUAUUAUAUAUUUGCCGCAGUACUAUUAUGAAUAAAUCUCACACAUAAUUAAUUAAUAAAAAUAUUGAUACAAGUGUACUACACA